AUGGCCGGCAUCGCACCAGUCUUCUUUAUGAGGACCUCCUCCUCCUCCUCCUCCUCCCCAUGCUUCCUACCAAAACAGGUGCAGCUUGAUGACACCAUCAACACGCGCAAUCGCCGCAGGGCGGUAUCUCUACCCUCGGCCAAAUUCAGAUCGACUUCUUUUGGGGCCACAGCCCCGCCUUUCAUUGAUUACCUGAAAGAUAUUCUACGUCGAUAUCCAGAUGGUGGACAAAUUUUGAAGGAACUGAUUCAAAAUGCAGAUGAUGCUGGAGCAACAGAAGUGGUUUUCAUUCAUGAUGAGCGGAGCUAUGGGACAGAGAGCCUUUGGACGGAAGAAUUGGGAAAAUACCAAGGUCCUGCUCUCUAUGCCUACAACAAUGCCACAUUCACUGAUGAAGACUGGCAAGGAAUUCAGAUGGCUGGAAGGAGUGUGAAGCGUGAUGACCCAAACAAAGUCGGGAGGUUUGGAAUCGGCUUCAACUCUGUUUACCACACAACAGAUGUGCCAAGUAUAUUCAGUUCAGGGCAUCUUGGCAUGAUGGAUCCCCAAGAAAAAAUAUUUGGAGAGAGAAAUGGAGGGUUUUGGUGGUCUUUGGAUGAUGCUGAAGACCAAGAAGUUCUGCUGAAUAUGCGUGAUCAAUUUCAACCAUUUAGAGAUAUAGUCUCACUUGUAUGUGAACAUGGAUGGUCAAAAGUUGUCAUGGAGGAUCAGCACUUCAGUGGGACAAUUUUUAGAUUUCCUUUACGCAAUGAAGCAUCAGAGAUUUCUGAUAAUCUGUAUGACUCAGAUAAAGUGGUUGAGCUUUUUGAUAGCUUCAUUGCAGAUGCAGAUUUGAGCCUCCUCUUCUUAAAAAAUGUCACCUCCGUGUCCUUGUUACAUAUUAGUGAAGAUGGAGCUGUUAACACCAGACUUCAAGUGAAAUCUUCAGUCCCCACAGAUGGUGUUUUGGAGCCAGAAGAGGAGUCAGUCACUGAGGGUCUAACAAGGUUCAAAGUUAUAACUGUGAGUUCAAAAGACCAAAAAGAGACAAAGUGGCUUCUGACAACAUGUACCAUGAAAGAGGGCGUUGCAGAAGAUCUUGAUUUGCUUACAAAGAAGUUGAGCUUUUUACCUCAAGUUGACCUGGCAUUCCCCUGUGGUGAGAAGAGAGACUGUAGCCAGAGCAGACUGAGCUAUCUGAGUUCUUACAUUGGGAAGAUGCCGAAGGAAUUUUUGCCAUACAAAAAGCUGCUUCAGAAGUUUGGCCUGAGAAAAGUACUUUCUAAUGAAGAAAUUUUGGGCAUUCUGUACAACAUCCAGCAAAAUGUUGAAGCAAGACAACAGCCGAUUGCAAGUUCCUCAGAGGUCAAAGUGUCAAUAGAAAUUCUCAACUGGCUCUGGAAAGAGAAGAAAACAGUUCAGGAUGACAUCCCAGUGCCAGUCAUUGCUGAGGGAGGAAAAUUUACCCUUAAACCACGAUCAACAGCUCUUUUCUGUGAUGUAAGCAAAAAUGGACUAAAAGAACUAAACUGCAGAGAAGAGGAAAUUUAUGUCAUACAUGAGGAAAUCCCAAAAGCAGCAGCUGAAUGGCUGGAAAUUCGUUUUCUCAGUACCCACAUCCUUGAUCCAGAGGAGAUAGGAAUAGAGCAGUGUGGACAAUCUGAACCAAUAACAAUGAGGAUAAAAAAUAUUCUUAAAGAGUACGAUGAAGACAGUGACAUCUUCAAAGAGCUCAUCCAGAAUGCAGAGGAUGCUGGGGCAGCUGUUUGCAAGUUCUUGGUGGAUUUCAGAGUACACAAAGAUGCCCCCGAAAGCCUGAUUGACCCUGACAUGGCUCUUUGUCAGGGACCUUGUCUUUGGGCUUUUAAUAAUGAGCAGUUCACAGCAGAGGAUUGGAAAAAUAUUGUCAGAGUUGGCUCAGCCUCAAAGGAAAACAAAGUGGAAAAAAUUGGAAAGUUUGGACUUGGAUUCAACACUGUGUAUCAUGUGACAGAUGUCCCCUCCAUCCUUAGUGGCAACACUCUCCUCAUACUUGAUCCAAAUGUUACUCAUCUCACAAAGCAUAUCAAACACAAAACAAAUCCUGGAAUCAAGCUGGAUCUCUCUCAACAGCGACUCUUUCAUUGUUUUCCUGGUCAGUUUGGAUCAUAUAAAAACAUUUUUGACUGUAAUUUUACCCGAAAAAGUCCUCCUGAACCCUAUCCAGGCACUCUGAUCAAACUACCUUUCCGAAGUCAAGAAGAGGCUGCCAAAUCAGAAAUAAACCCAAAAGUGUAUCAAAAACACAAUAUCUUGGAUUUUCAACAUCUCUUUUCUAAGAAUUCACAAACCCAUCUGCUUUUUUUAAAGAACAUCAUUACGUUAUCCCUCCAAAAUAUCCCACACAAUGGAUCGACUCCACCAAGAGAAAACGAAAUAGAGACCAUCUUCUCUGUGUCCAAAACCACUGUGAGUGCAAUGGAGAUUCCUGAUGACACCAGUGUGUCCAAGCAACGUCAUGCUGAGAAAUCACUGAUGAAACUUGAUGGUAAAUGCAAAGAGGUGAUCAAUUGCUGUAAAUUCAGCAUUGUGAAAAUAUCCAGUCAGCAGUCUAAUGAAAAUGAAGUUCAGCUCUGGCUCCUGUACAACUGCUUUGGGACAGAUGAGUCCUUGAAAAUGGCCCUUCAGAAAAACAAGCAAGCCAGUUUCUCUUUGCCCAUUGGAGGGAUUGCUGUGCCCUUGCAAAAUGAUCCAGAAACUGGAAAAUUCAGCACAUUACAAACAGAUCUUGUUGGACAGGCCUUUUGCUUCCUUCCUCUUCCCAUUCACACGGGUCUUCCUGUCAAUGUAAAUGGCACAUUUGCUGUGACAAGCAACCGAAAAGUAGAUGGUAAAUUAUACCCAUCAUCCACACUCUGCUACAACGACACAGUGUUUGAGACCAAAAGGUUGGAAGAAGCGCUGGAGAACAAGUUCCUGCUGCUUGAGAAACUCAGUGAAUGUCAUUUGGGCAACGACAAAUACAUGCAUCAUCAGCUGUUGCAACUGCUGCCUCAGAAAUUUCAGCCAAAGAUGCUGUCUGAGUUCACAGAGGAAAGAGUUGUGGAAUCAGAGAUGCAGCUUUUGCUGGGACAACUCCUCAUGUGUGAUGAUCUGCAAGAUGUUCGGAAAACUCUGGCUAAAAAUCAGAUCCGUGACAGUGCUGAAACUGAAAGUUCCUCUUUUAGUCCAGCAGCCCCUGGGACAGAGGUUCCAGAAGAAUGGCAUGAUUGUUUGGACAUGAAUGUCCUCAACAACUUUGAAGAGGGGGAAUAUGUUGGCUACAGCAUUGAUGACAAGUACAUUUAUGCAGUUAUUGUUGAAGAACUGCCUGGUCACAAUGGACGAUAUUCAUGGAGAUACAAAAUAGAUAUUGGAGAAGAUGAGCCCAUUGAAGUCAGCUGUGUUGAUCUGUUUCAGUUUAAACGAGAAAAGAAAGUAAAAACAGAAAGGAGGAAAUGCAUGGAGCCAGAACUACAGAAGAAGAUGCUAAAACCAGAAGAAAACACUUGCAUGGAGCUGGAACCACUGGCAGGAGCUGUGCCACAUUCUUCUGAAUCAUCAAUAAAUUCCUUACCAGCCUCUGUUCAGGAAGCUAAAAGGGAAAUUGAUAAAUGUUUGGCAGAGAUCUGGAGGCUUCCUGAGGAGGAGAGGCACAAAGCCAUCAAGAGACUGUACCUCAGGUGGCACCCUGACAAAAAUCCGGAUUGCCAGUCUCUCGCCAGUGAGGCAUUCAAAUAUUUACAGAAUUGA